GCGGCCGCCUCUGCCUCUCCCGCCCCCUUACCCGCCCCGGAGCGGGAAGCAGCGGAGGCUCCGCCAUGGCCUCAGAAGCCGGAGGAAUAGGAGGGGGCGGCGGCGGCAAGAUCCGGACGCGGCGUUGCCACCAGGGGCCAAUUAAGCCUUACCAGCAGGGGCGACCCAAGCACCAGGGCAUUCUUAGCAGGGUUACAGAAUCUGUUAAGAAUAUUGUGCCAGGAUGGCUACAGAGAUACUUCAACAAGAGUGAAGAUGUAUGCAGCUGCUCAACAGACACCAGAGAGGUACCACAGUGGCCAGAAAAUAGAGAAGAUGAUCAUCUGAUAUAUGCUGAUGAGGAGAGUGCUAAUAUUCAUGAUGGGAGAAUCACUCCUGAGCCAACAGUCAGUAAUACAGAAGAACCCUCAACAACUAGUACUGCUUCAAAUUAUCCAGAUGUGUUAACAAGGCCUUCUCUUCAUCGGAGCCAUCUGAAUUUCUCCAUGUUGGAAUCUCCUACAUUACACAGUCAGCCCUCCACAUCCUCGGCAUUCCCAAUUGGCAGUUCUGGAUUUUCCCUUGUAAAGGAAAUUAAAGAUUCUACCUCUCAGCAUGAUGAUGAUAACAUCUCAACUACCAGUGGGUUUUCUUCAAGAGCUUCUGAUAAAGAUAUAACUGUUUCAAAGAAUACUUCAGUGCUCCCUCUGUGGUCCCCAGAGGCUGAACGGUCUCAUUCACUCUCACAGCACACUGCCACCAGCUCAAAGAAACCAGCAUUCAACUUGUCUGCCUUUGGAACACUUUCCCCUUCACUUGGGAGUUCUUCAUUCCUUAAAACAAGUCAGCUUGGAGAUUCUCCUUUUUAUCCUGGAAAAACAACGUAUGGUGGGGCAGCAGCUGCUGUAAGACAGCCUAAACUACAAAACACACCAUAUCAGGUACCAUUCAGAAGACAGAUGAAAGCUAAACAAGUCAAUGCAGAAUACUAUGGUGUGACUAGUUCAACAGCUCGGCGAAUAUUGCAAUCUUUAGAGAAGAUGUCAAGCCCUUUAGCGGAUGCAAAAAGAAUUCCAUCUGUUGUUUCUUCUCCACUGAAUUCUCCUCUUGAUAGGAGAGGGAUAGAUACCACCACAGAUUUUCAGGCCAAAAGGGAAAAGGUGGUCUGUCAAUAUCCCCCAGUUCAGAGGCUCAUGACCCCAAAGUCAGUAUCCAUAGCAGCAAAUCGAACUGCUUAUUUUAAACCAUCUCUGACCCCAUCUGGUGAAUUAAAGAAGACUAAUCAAAGAAUAGAUAAAAAACACAGUACUGGAUAUGAAAAAAGUAUGACACCAGGACAAAGUAGAGAACGAGAAAGUGGUUUUUCUUACCCAAAUUUCAGUAUGUCUGCAGCCAAUGGUGUAUCUUCUGGAGUAGGUGGUGGAGGAGGCAAGAUGAGACGAGAAAGAACACGCUUUGUGGCAACUAAACCUGCAGAGGUGGAGGAAAUGGAAGUACCAGUAUUACCGAAUAUCUCUCUACCCAUCACCAGUUCUUCACUGCCUACCUUCAAUUUUAGUUCCUCGGUGAUUACAACUUCUCUAUCACCAAUUAGUCCUGCACAGUCAUUAACAAAUAAGGUACAAAUGACCUCUCCUAACAACACAAACAGUCCCAUGUUUAGAUUUUCAUCUCCAAUUGUAAAAUCUACAGAGGCAGAUGUACUCCUACCUCCAUCAUCUAUUGGAUUUACUUUUAGUGUGCCUGUUGCAAAAACAGUAGAACUUUCUGGCUCUAGUACUGUUUCAGAACCAAUUACAAGUAGUGCAGCUCAAGAUAUCACUGCAAUGAACAGUACAAGCUGUAAGAAGCCAGAUGAAGAUUCUGAGGGCCUUUUUAGACCUGCAAAAACCCUGAAAGAAGGAAGUGUCCUAGAUAUUCUGAAAAACCCUGGUUUCACAUCACCGAAGGCAGAUUCCCUUGCUGCUAUUCCUACCACCACAAGCCCGGUAGUUUAUACAAGACCAGCAAUAAGUAGCUUUUCUUCUAGUGGAAUUGGGUUGGGGGAAAGUUUAAAAGCUGGAUCAUCAUGGCAGUGUGAUAUUUGUCUACUCCAGAACAAACUUACAGACAGCAAGUGUAUAGCCUGUCAAGCGACAAAAUUGCCACUAAGAGAUACUGCUAAACAGACUGGAAUUGGGACACCAAGUAAAAGUGGCAAACCAACUCUUUCUGCAUCAGGGACAGGUUUUGGAGACAAAUUUAAACCAGCAAUAGGAACUUGGGAUUGUGAUACCUGUUUAGUGCACAAUAAGCCUGAGGCGAUAAAAUGUGUAGCUUGUGAAACACCGAAACCUGGAACUGGUGUUAAGCGAGUCCUUACAUUGCCAGUGGCUUCAGAAAGUGCUGUCACCGUGGCUGCUUCAUCUUCCAGCUGCACUGUGACCACUGGUACCUUAGGAUUUGCAGAUAAAUUCACAAAGCCCAAGAGGUCUUGGGAGUGUCCAGUAUGCUGUGUUCCUAAUAAUCCAGAGGACAAUAAAUGUGUGUCCUGUAUGUCUGAGAAACCAGGAAAUUCAGUACCUGCUUCAAGUAGCAGCACGGUUCCUAUCUCUCUCUCUUCUGGAAGCUGCCUAGGAUUAGACAAGUUCAAGAAACCUGAGGGAAGCUGGGAGUGUGAAGUGUGCCUAGUGCAGAAUACAGCAGAUUCCACCAAAUGUGCAGCAUGUGAAAGUGCCAGGCCAGGCACAAAAUCUGAGUUUAAAGGCUUUGGCACAUCUUCCUCAUCUUCAAACCCAGCAUCCUCAUCCUUCAAAUUUGGUAUACCGUCAUCCUCUUCUGAGCCCUCUCAGACUUUAUCAAGCACUGGAAAUUUUAAAUUUGGAGAUCAAGGAGGUUUUAAAAUAGGUAUGUCAUCAGAUUCUGGGUCUUCAAACCCCAUGAGUGAAGGCUUCAAAUUUUCUAAACCAGUAGGAGAUUUUAAAUUUGGAGUUUCAUCUGAUUCUAAACCGGAAGAAGUUAAAAAGGACAGUAAGAAUGAUAAUAAUUUUAAGUUUGGACUUUCUUCUGGUUUAAGCAAUCCAGCUUCUUUAGCUCCAUUUCAGUUUGGGAUGACUAAUCUUGGGCAGCAAGAAAAGAAAGAGGAACUGCCUAAAGCUUCAUCUACAGGCUUUAGUUUUGGUACGGGUGUUACUAACCCUACUCCUGCUGCUGCUAACACUGUGGUGACCUCUGAGAACAAGAGUAGUUUCAGCUUUGGAACUGUCGAAACCAAGAGUAUCUCAGUGGCUCCUUUCCCGUGUAAGACGUCAGAAGCGAAAAAAGAAGAAAUGCCUGCCACCAAAGGAGGGUUUCCUUUUGGCAAUAUGGAACCUGCCCCUCUGCCAUCUGCCUCAUUGUUUGCUUUGGGAAGGACAGAAGAGAAGCAAGAGCCUGUCACUUCUACUUCUCUUGUGUUUGGGAAGAAAGCUGACAGUGAAGAGCCAAAGUGUCAACCAGUGUUUUCCUUUGGGAAUUCAGAGCAAACCAAAGAUGAAAGUUCUUCAAAGUCGACCUUUAGUUUCAGUAUGGCAAAACCAUCUGAGAAGGAGUCUGAGCAGCCAGCAAAGGCCACUUUUGCUUUUGGAGCUCAAACCAGUACUACAGCUGAUCAAGGUGGAGCAAAGGCAGUUUUUAGUUUCUUGAACAACAGUUCCUCUAAUUCAAGUACACCAGCCACUUCGGCUGGUGGCAGCCUAUUUGGUAGUUCCACCUCUUCAUCCAGUGCACCAGUGGGUGCCUUUGUGUUUGGACAGACCACCAAUCCCGUGAGCAGCUCUGCCUUUGGUAACCCUGCUGAAUCCAGUACAUCUCAACAAUCUUUGCUGUUUCCUCAAGAGAGCAAACCAGCAACCACAUCCAGCUCGGGUACAGCUGUUACCCCAUUUGUCUUUGGUCCAGGAGCCAGCAGUAAUAAUACUGCAACCUCUGGUUUUAACUUUGGAGCUACAACCACUUCUAGCUCUUCAGGAUGCUCCUUUGUGUUUGGUACUGGACCUUCAGCACCAUCUGCCAGUCCAGCAUUUGGUGCUAACCAGACCCCAACAUUUGGACAAAGUCAAGGUGCCAGCCAGCCAAAUCCCCCAGGCUUUGGAUCUAUAUCAUCUUCAGCAGCUUUAUUUUCUGCUGGCUCUCAGGCUGUACCACCUACUUUUGGGACAGUGUCAAGCAGUAGCCAGCCUCCUGUGUUUGGACAGCAGCCUGGUCAGUCUGCAUUUGGCUCUGGAACAGCUCCGAAUUCCGGUUCAGUUUUCCAGUUUGGCAGCAGCACUACAAAUUUCAAUUUCACAAACAACAAUCCGUCAGGAGUAUUCAAAUUUGGUGCGAAUCCGAGCACACCUGCAGCCCCAGCCCAGCCUUCUGGCUCAGGGGGCUUUCCAUUUAAUCAGCCGUCAGCUUCAUUUACAGUGGGGUCAAAUGGGAAAAAUAUGUUCUCUUCUUCUGGAACUUCAGUUUCUGGUCGCAAGAUAAAGACUGCUGUUAGACGCAGGAAAUAAAUAUUGGAGUGGUGUUAUACACAAGUUUUAACAAAAGCUGGUGUCCUGCUUUUAGAUACUGGAUUGUACUACAUGCUGGAGUUACCUGAAGUCAAUCUGCCUAAGGACUUCUUUGAUUUUGGAAUUUUCCUCUUUCUUUCUUUACAAAAGCCCUGCCCUCACCUCUCGCCACGCCCUUUAAAAAUAAAUAAUAGACUGAUGA